AUGAGAAGACUGUUGCUGCAGCUUCUGCUACUGUCGGGAGUGUCUUUGGUCAGUGCCUUUUCUUCUGCAUCGGCUCCACUGGCAGCCUCGUCAUCGUCCACAGCUGCAACACUAACGAGGUCGCGGCACUUGUCGGCCACCAAAUCUCCCGAAGAAUCCACGGCAUCCGCCCAAUACCAAAGUGCAAUGACUUCAAUACUCUCGAAAGAAUACACCGAAGAUGAUCUCAAAGACGCACUGCAGGGCUUGCUAUCAGAUAGUCUGGAUCCAGAGUACGAUGCUAGACAUAUUUUUGGCCACGGCGACCCAAACCACACCCUGAGCAUGUUGCAAAAAAUUACCGCAACUCGUAUCAAGGAUUAUGUUCAUAUCAUGUCCAAUUCAGAAUCUCCUUCGGAAGAACAACUCCUCCAACAAGCACGAGAUUUUGCUCAAGCCAAUGGACCCAUUCUCAAUUUGAGCGACGUCAUUCGGAGUCAAUCACCUCGUAUGGCAUUGGCUGCUGAAUUCAAACGGGCAUCGCCCAGCAAGGGAGAUAUCGCCACCCAUGUCAAUGCCGGACAACAGGCAAAGACAUAUGCACAAGCCGGAGCCAAUAUCAUUUCCGUACUGACCGAACAACGGUGGUUCAAGGGAACCUUGGACGAUAUGACACAGGCACGGUUACAGAGUACGGACCAGGAUGGAAAACGUCCCGCCAUCCUGAGAAAAGAAUUCGUCACGGAGACGUACCAAAUUGCCGAAGCGGCUGCUGCUGGAGCCGAUACCAUUCUACUCAUUGUAGCCGUCUUGCCACAGCAUGUACUCAAACGAUUGAUCGACUAUGCACGAAGUAUCGGAAUGGAGCCUUUGGUAGAAGUUCACGGAGAUGCCGAAUUGGAUGUCGCCAUUGAAGCGGGGGCAAAGGUGAUUGGAGUCAACAACCGCAAUUUGCAUACCUUUCAAUUGGAUCUCGGCACAUCCCAACAUGUCGCCACGGAACUGUCCAAGCGUGGAUUGAAAUUCGAUCAUAAUGACGAGCAAGCGGAAUACAGUUUGUGUGCUCUGUCGGGCAUGUCUACGGCCUUUGACGUGCAGAGGUAUCGAAAAGUGGGACUGGGCAUGUGCUUGAUUGGAGAAUCCCUCAUGCGAGCAGCUGAUCCAGCCGCGGCGAUUGCCAAUUUGUGCCUUCAUCCGGACGACUUUGAAAAGCAACAGGCCGCCGCAGGAGCUGGAGGAGCCUAUACCGGUGGAACUAAAAUGAUCAAAGUGUGUGGUACGACUAGACCUGAAGAUGCCCUCAAAGCCUGUCAGGAAGGAGCCAAUCUGAUUGGGGUCAUCUUUGUCCCCAAAAGCAAACGAUGUGUCACAGCCGAACAGGCCAAAGAAAUUGUACAAACCGUACGAAAGUUUGGAGAACGCACCAAAGAGGCAGAGUUUCCAGAACGAAGCAGUGGUGGAUCACCCUUGGCUAGUUUGGUUGAAGCUUCGAAUGCACUGCAAGAGGCAGCGAGAAGGCCCCUUGUCGUCGGAGUCUUUCAGAAUCAAGACGCUGAGUUCAUCAAGCAAAUGGUGGCUGAAUGUGGAUUAGAUAUGGUGCAAUUGCAUGGGAAGGAAGGUAUGAUGGCCGCCAACCCGGCCAAUUGCGGAGCUCCAGCCAUUCGUGUGGUGGAUAUCGAAACGGAUCCUGAUACUGGAAAGGCAACGUCCAAUGCCGUGGACGCUCUGCUGGAGUCUCUGACUAGUGAUCCCAUGGCAAUAUUACUGGAUACAUCCAUCAAAGGCAACAAAGAAGGUGGAGGAACUGGUGUGACGUUUGAUUGGUCCAUUGCCGAGAAAAUACAAAACGCAGGACUCCCGGUGAUCAUUGCUGGCGGUCUUACACCCGACAAUGUCAAAGAUGCCGUAUCUAGCGUGCGUCCGUGGGGUGUGGAUGUAAGCUCUGGGUUGGAAGCGUCUCCUGGACGGAAGGACCAUCAAAAGGUACAAGACUUUGUAAGAGGGGCAAAAGACGCCGCCAAAGAAGCCAGUAAAGGAUUCUAG